UAGUCAGCGUCCCAUGAAAUAUUUGAUAACGUUAGCUGGACAAUUACUGUCUGACGCUUAGGCUAGCCCAAGCAAGCAGCGGCUGAGUAGUUUUAGGGUACUCACAGCGGGAUGUAGAACGCUGCUCUGGUUCCAGCACCAAGCCGAAUCAUGCCAUACUACGUCAAAACAUACCUCAUCCAUGUGCCUGGGUUUUCGGGUCUUUUUCUCAGCGGAGUCGUAAGCGCUGCAACCAGCACAGUGUCGUCUAUAAUAAAUUCUCAAGCGGCUAUUCUCUACGUAGAUGUGAUUGUUCAUCGAUGCCAGAACGCGGAAAAACAUGUUCGAUGGAUUACUCGUGGCACCGCACUCGCACUUGGGAUCUCAAUGACAGUGUACAGCAUGCUCUGUGCACACAUGGGCUCUUUGUCGAGGUCCUUCCUUAUGGCCUGCAAUAGCCUGACUGCACCUUUUGUCGGUUUGUGCUUAAUAGGUGUCUUGUUCCCUUUCGUCCGUGCAAAGGGUGCUGGCGUGGCGACGAUUGUUGCAGUUGUGUUUCAACUGUUCCACAUCGCAACCAUUAUCAAGAGUGGAAGGAAGCUUACCAGAAUGGAAACGUCCCUGGACUACUGCCUCCACAACCACAGUGUCAUUUCUUGGACGUCGAACACAAGCAUCCCUAUUCCACAGGCAGAGCCAGACGACUCGUUCCUCCUGUCCCGCAUGUCCUAUCUCUGGGGCAGCUUCUUCGUUAUAUUCGCGACCAUUUUGCUGGGAGUUAUCGUGAGUGCUGCCACAGGCAAGUGUUUAAUAAAACACGACUUCUCAUGUGGGUGCCCAUCUUUUUACCGUUGAAAAUGAAACAUGUUCCCUUCUCACUAUGUGUACAG